UUGACGUCAUACUUGUUGAUAUUAUUUUAGAAUACUUUUAAAAUAAAGUGAAAAUAUAUUAAUAUAACGACUUAUGGAUGAGCCAAAAAAUGAUGCCACUUGUACUCAUAGUGAUGCUGCGCACCAAAUAGAGAAUAUUUCAUCAAAUAAUAGAAAUGCAAGAGAAGGUUUCUCAAAUCACUGUGAUGCACUUAUUUAUGGAAUUGGAAGUGAACUUUGUGGUUUAGAUAAGAAGAUUCAAGAUACAGCCAUAGAACUUGCCACUUACGUUGAAAGUAUUUCCACUUUUAAACACAAAAUAAUCAUCCCUGAAAGUACUGCAAGCAUAUUGAAGAAUUGGUUGCAGACUUUAAAUGAAGAAAAAUUGCCAGCAACCAAUGGUCAUUGUUCUUUAGAAGUUGAAAAUUCACAUAAAAAAGUAAGGAGACUUGAAGAAGAGAAUGAUUCUUUAUUACUUCAAGUAAGUAUUUUAUCUGACCAAGUUCAAGUUCAAGGGGAGAAAAUGAGAGAGCUGGAAUUCUUGAAAGAUGAACUUCUCAUCAAACUAGCAGAUUUUGAAGAGGCAAUGGAAAAGGACAAUGAAAUAAAAGCACUUUUAGCAAAGAAUGAUGUUGAAAUCAAAGAUCUACAAUCGCAUCUUGAAAUGUUUUUUAAUAAAGAAAAACAAGGAAAUCAUCUGUUAUCUUCCAAUAAAACUGAAAAUAAUUCAUGUAUGAAAGCUCAACUAAGAGAAAAAGCAUCAGAAGUUAGCUCUGUUAAAAUGAAAAUUGAAAAACUGGAAACAGUGUUAACAGAGAAGGAAAAUAAAAUUGAAGAUCUCAAAAGACAACUGCAAACAAUAUCCAGUUCAAAACUAAGUAUGGAAUUGACAAAAAGUGACAUUAGUGUACAUACCUCAGAUGUAUGUGGUUCUAAUAAUGAAGCUGCAAAGAAUAAAUCGGAAAAUGAAGAGAUUUCUGCACAACAUGGGAAAGAAAAUGUAGAAAAUAAGUCUUCUAAACUCAUCCAUACAAAAGAAUGUCACUUCAAAAAACCUGAAUCAACAAUAACGGGGAAAAUGAAAAAAUCUGAUACAGUCAACAAAGAUAACCAGCCAUUUAAGAGAGAAAGUCAAACAAGAUCUUCAUUUGGUCGUACUUCAUUUGCUCGUUCCUCGUUUGGUCGUUCCUCAUUCGGGAAAAGUCUUUUUAAACUGAAGCAAAAGCACAAUUGUAACGAAACUUCUUCCCCGUCUGCUGAUAACAGCACGAAUAUUGAAACUGCAACAAAGAAUGUUGAAGAUACUCAGGAGAAAGCGAAAAAGAAGAAUAUAGUGGGAAAAGUCAUAGGAAAACUACGUCGCUCAAACACUCAUGGCUUCGAUACAGAAGUAAACGAUCGUCAAUUUAGUUAUCUCAAAAGGUUUCCCAGCAAUGAUCCAUUUUCUACAUGGUCAUGUGAUCUUAUUGUUAGUUGGAUGGAAGAUGAAGGUCUUGGUCAAUAUACUGAGGCCUGUUUAAAUCAUGUAAAGACUGGUGACGAUUUACAAAAUAUGACGUCAUCGGACUUAGAGAAAGUCCUGGGGAUGAAAAAGCUUUUACAUCGUAAAAAACUUCAACUGGCGUUGCAGGGUGUGAAUGAAGGACAGGAAGAUUUUUUGUCAGCCUUGGAUAAUACUUGGAUUCUAGAGUGGUUAGAUGAUAUUGGUCUUCCUCAAUAUAAAGAUUCAUUUCGUGAAAAUCUUGUAGAUGGUAGAAUGCUGAACUAUUUAACCAUUAAUGAUGUUCUUCAACUUAAGAUUUACAACACCUUUCAUCAACAUAGUCUGAAAAGUGCAAUUCAAUGUUUGAGGAUUUACAAUUUUCAUCCCAAUUAUCUCAAAAAAUCACCCAUUGAUGAGUCAUGGCAACAUGGAGCUGACGUGAUUCUUUGGACCAAUUAUCGUGUUACUGAGUGGUUACGUCAAGCUGAUCUGUCGGAGUACGUUGGAAAUCUUCUGAGCAGUGGUGUUCAUGGAGCUUUUAUGAUUCUCGAACCGCGGUUUACGGCAGAAACCAUGGCAACUGUAUUAUCUAUACCAAGUGGUAAGAAGUUAUUGCGACGUCACCUAGCAACGCAUUUUGAAUCAUUGGUCGGUAGUGCAUGUUUAAAGGUUAAGGAAACGGCUUUAGCCAAUGGUUUUACGGCAUUGAUUCCUGGGGAAAAACAAAAGCCACGAAAAUUGUCUAUCAGUGGGAUAAAAAAACGAACAAAAUCAGACAUCGAAUGUGAAGAAUAUAUUUGUCCCAUGGAUAGUGAAGUUCCUCAGUUAUUACAUAGUUUAUUACCAACAAGAACAAGGAAAAAUGACAACUCUUCACAGCAGGGAGUGGAAAUAAGUGAGAAGGAUCAACAAUCAAAUAAUAAGGACGAAGAUCAACUCACUAAAACUCUGGGAAAUUUUUCCAAAGAACUUCAUUCACUGACGAACAUGUUGGGCCAUGAACCAAGUCGUUGAAGAUGAAGUUUGCGAAUGACUAAUGUUUAAUUUUAUAGAAAUUGUAAAAUUUAUUACUAAGCUUGUUUUUAUGUAAAUUUGUGUAAAGCUUGUAAAACUUUUGUACAUUUAAAACAACAAUUUUUCUGAACACGAUAAAAAAUAUGCGUUUUUAUGUUUUCACUAAUUAGUAUAUGUUCAAGGAUAUACGAGAAGCAAUCGCCCAA